CUCCGACGCCUUGGCUGCUUAACAGACCGUCUUUGCCGUCUUGUCCUUGUUUGUGCGUUUUAAUCAGCUAUCGAAAAAUAACAGGUAUCCUUCUCUGGCUCCUAGAAACACUCUGGAGGACACAGACAGCAAAAGAGAGAAACAAAAAAACAAAACAAACACAAACCCCAUCUGGUUCGGUGUCGGAGGGUCUACUUUUCCCCGAACCGAAGCGGUCCACCGGGUGGCCACAAACAGUCCCCGAGCCGAACCGAAACGUGUCCGUGGAGAGAGUCACCACCGCAGUGGGCUGAAGUGUUUAUGUGAGCCGGGGCUGCUUUAAUGUUGGCUGCCGUCCGUCUGUCUGUGUGUGUGUGUCCGCCCCGUGAGCGCUGAUUCUCGCCUGGAUUCAGACCCAUAAAAGAGCGAUCCGUGGAUAUGGAAUGGUGCAUACUGCUGGGCCAAGUUUUCAGCCUCUGAAAAACACCGGAAUCAUGGACACUCAUCCGCUGUGUACUAGGCUUUGUCCACACUCUCUGGACAAAGAGGAUGGAGUGGAGAGGCAGGGUCCGGUCACUCUGAACCCCCGGCACAUGAGGAAGGCGUUUAAGGUCAUGAACGAGCUGCGCAGCCAGAGCCUGUUGUGCGAUGUGACUAUAGUUGCAGAGGAUGUAGAGAUCGCUGCUCACAGGGUGGUUCUGGCUGCUGGGAGCCCUUAUUUCCACGCUAUGUUUACAGGAGAGAUGACGGAGAGCAGAGCGAAACGUGUGAGAAUAAAGGAGAUGGGCGGCUGGACUUUGGGCCUGCUGGUGGACUACAUCUACACCGCAGAGAUCCAGGUCACAGAGGAUAACGUCCAGGCUCUGCUGCCUGCAGCAGGACUGCUUCAGCUCAACGAGGUGAAAAAGGCCUGCUGCGAGUUCCUCAGCUCCCAGCUCCAUCCGUCCAACUGUCUGGGGAUAAGAGCCUUCGCCGACCUACAUGCUUGCUCCCAGCUUCUCUCACUGGCUAACAGCUACGCAGAGCAACAUUUCACGGAGGUGGUUGGGAGUGAGGAGUUUCUGAACUUGGGCAUGGAGCAGGUGUCCAGCCUGAUCGCCAGCGACAAGCUCACCAUCCCCUCAGAAGAGAAGGUAUUUGAAGCAGUCAUCGCAUGGGUCAACCACGACAAAGACGUCCGCCAGGAACACCUGGCCCACCUGAUGGAGCACGUUCGCCUGCCUCUGCUCUCCCGGGAAUACCUGGUGCAGCGUGUAGAGGAGGAGUCCCUGAUAAAGAACAGCAGUGCGUGUAAAGACUACCUGAUCGAGGCCAUGAAGUACCACCUGCUGCCAGCUGACCAACGAGCUCUGAUGAAGACCGCACGCACCCGAAUGAGAACACCGGUCUCCUGUCCUAAGGUGAUGGUGGUGGUUGGCGGUCAGGCGCCCAAGGCUAUCCGUAGCGUUGAGUGUUUCGACUUCGAGGAGCAGCGAUGGUACCAAGUGGCUGAACUCCCUACAAGAAGAUGCCGAGCAGGCGUGGUGUACACGGGUGGGUGCGUGUACGCGGUCGGUGGUUUCAACGGCUCCCUGCGCGUGCGCACGGUCGACUGUUACGACUCGGUGAUGGACCGCUGGACGAGUGUGAGCAGCAUGCAGGACCGGAGGUCAACGCUCGGCGCUGCGGUCCUCAACGGACUCCUGUACGCCGUGGGGGGCUUCGACGGCAGCACAGGUCUUUCUACAGUCGAGGCGUACAACGCCAAGACAGACGAGUGGUUCCACGUGUUGCCCAUGAGCACCAGACGCAGCAGCGUAGGAGUCGGCGUUGUCAAUGGAAUACUUUAUGCUGUGGGAGGUUAUGACGGGGCCACCAGGCAGUGCCUGAGCACGGUGGAAGCUUACAAUCCCAAAAGCAACACAUGGAGCUACAUAGCGGAGAUGGGCACGAGACGCAGCGGCGCAGGUGUCGGCGUGUUAAAAGGCUUACUGUACGCUGUGGGCGGGCAUGACGGCCCGUUGGUGAGAAAGAGCUGUGAAGUUUAUGACCCGACCACCAACAGCUGGCGGCAAGUAGCUGACAUGAACAUGUGCCGUCGCAAUGCAGGCGUGUGCGCCGUGAACAACCUACUGUACGUGGUCGGAGGAGAUGACGGCAGCUGCAAUUUGGCCUCGGUGGAGUUCUACAAUCCAACCACUGAUAAGUGGACGCUUCUGCCAACCUGCAUGAGCACAGGCCGCAGCUAUGCAGGCGUGACGGUGAUUGACAAGCCCUUAUGACUGCUCUCGACACCUGCCACUGAUUAAAAGCGGAAAGUGUUCUGCUGAAUACUGAUCUUGGAUCUGUCUUCGAUGCCGAUUGGGCAGCAAUUAGCGCAGGCACCGACGACGACGUUGAUGCUGAGGAUGAUGAAGGUUCUUGCACUUACCUUAAAUAAAGGGGGAGGGGGGAAGAGACGCUGCGACAGACGAGGGCGUCGAACCUGUGUUUUAUUUCGCUCACGGCGGGACUGCAGCAGCGACGGGACAGUUCGGUAUGAAGCACCACUGGAUCACUGCAGCGCCGUUGAAAUGCUACUGAUAUGAGAGCUGCUAAAACUGCAAAGUUACUUUAACAUUAGUUAAUUUUAACACAAACCAGAAAUGAGAAGAGACCACUCGUCAGAUCAGCGGGAGAGCAAAGCAGACGGACCGCUUUUUGGACUGCAGUCAGCUUAUUAUUUCGUUUUUAUUACUCUGAUAAAGUGAGCUGGUGUGCUUGCGUAUUAAGGUGCUCCAUGGCUUGCACAUGUAAGCAUGUGUUUUUGUUUGCAUCGGAGAGUCUGUGAGUGGUGAGGCCUUGUGUGACGCCGCAUGAACACACUCUGUCUGACUUCUUGCCCAUUACAGUGUCGCAGCGGGAGUGCCUGAAUGUCAGAGUCCACCCUCUUCUUUGUUUUAGCCUCGGUACCGAAACAGGACAGAGCUGGACUCAGCCGCUAUUCUGAGAUAAAGAAACAAAACCGUGACUUCAGACAGAUGCAUUAGCUUGUGUUGAUUCAGAAUAACUGAAUGUUAAAAAGCACUUGAGAACAGGAAUAUGUACAUUUUUUUUUUUUUUUUUUUUUUGUGUGUGUGGAGAUAACAGACUUUAAUUUUGGCGGGGAGAGAUGCAUCUGUUGCCAAACACAGGGCCAGAGAGAAGCUGUUGGUUAAACGGUGGGAUGUUAUCUGUGGUGUCUUGUUAACUGUCAGCCAUAUUUGCCAUGGUUGUAAACACUAAUGAAAGCAGCAGCAGCCUGAACUCAAUGCAUGGAGUCUGUCUCUAACCUGUUAGCCAGUUUCCUCCCUUCCUUUGGUGUAACAACCUGUUUAUAACUACUGCACACCCUGACGUAACAUGAAUGUGCCAAUUUUAAUGUCUCCUCUUUUCUGUCUCUUUUUAUCGCUCUGUGUUUCCGAUCUCUUCUCUCUUUCUGGAAAGCGACCAAACUUCCUCUUGAGUUUCUCUCUUCGGUCUGUUUUUUUUUUUUUUUUUUUCUGCUAUAUUCAGAGUCACUCUAAAAAGUAAAAGUGGUAUCGCUGUUUCUCGUCAGUGUUGAUGAAUGUCAUGUAGGCUUAUAACUCUGAAAAUGUUUUAUUACAUGUUUUAUAUUAUCAUUAAUAAAUAUGCUUCUUGUAUUUAAAGCUGUGAAAUGCUAUAAUCUGUUUUUAAAACUUUGCCAAACCAGUAAAACAUUUAAAUUAAAUG